CCCGCGCACUCUCAUCCUCUUCUAUGCCUAUUGCGUAAUAAUGUUUGCCGAUCUUUUGUGGUAAAAUAAUUAACCAAUCGUGGAAAUUCGCAGACGCACGGCCCACUCACCCUACCCUUCCAACAUUUUUUUUAUUAUAUUUGGUGAAUUAUGGAAACUGUUAUUGCCUUUUCAUUUUCAAACACUCGUCUCAAGGGCUUUUCCUUCUUGUACAAGGUGCCGUCCCAGAAAAGCUUCUAGGGAUUAGCGGGCGACUUGUGUGAUGAUUCAGGGUUGAAUCCGUUGAAGAAGAUGUGUGGUUGGAAGUUUUUACUGCGUAAGGGCGUUUGAAUUGUGGUGUAAUGACGAGUAGCUGUUUUGGUGUAUUCAACAGCUGUAAACAAACGGACAGGCGAGGUCAGACGGAGGGAGAAGAGAUUGCCACCAACAAUGUAAGGCAAUUUUCUUAUAAUUCAUUGAGAUCAGCAACAGGUGAUUUCCAUCCAUCAUGUCGGAUUGGUGGAGGUGGUUUUGGGGUUGUCUAUAGGGGAGUUUUAAGAAAUGGUACUCAAGUAGCCAUCAAGUGUCUUUCUGCAGAAUCUAAACAAGGAACGCAUGAGUUCUUAACGGAGAUAAAAAUGAUUUCAACAAUACGACAUCCAAACCUUGUUGAACUUGUCGGGUGUUGUGUUGAGAGAAAUAAUCGAAUAUUGAUCUAUGAAUAUAUGGAGAACAACAGCCUUGCAAGUGUCUUACUAGGCUCAAGAAGUAAACAUGUUACUCUGAGCUGGCCCCAAAGAGCUGCUAUUUGUCUGGGCACUGCUUCUGGUCUUGCAUUUCUUCAUGAAGAAGCUGAACCACAUAUUGUACACAGAGAUAUAAAAGCUAGCAAUGUCCUUCUUGAUGAAAAUUUUGCCCCUAAAAUAGGGGAUUUUGGGCUGGCUAAACUAUUUCCUGACAAUGUCACUCAUGUUAGCACUAGAGUGGCAGGAACAAUGGGAUAUCUUGCUCCAGAUUAUGCUCUUCUAGGACAGCUCACAAAAAAGGCAGAUGUAUACAGUUUUGGAGUACUUCUACUUGAAAUAAUUAGUGGGAAAAGCAGUAGCAAGGCAGCAUUUGAGGAGGAUCUGUUGGCUCUUGCUGAAUGGGCAUGGAAGCUGAGGAGAGAGGAAAGGCUUCUGCAUAUGGUUGAUCCAGAAUUGACAGAAUAUCCAGAAAAUGAGGUGAUUCGCUUCAUUAAAGUUGCACUAUUUUGCACCCAAGCAGCUGCGCAACAGAGACCCAACAUGAAGCAAGUACAACAGAUGCUUGCCAAAGAUGUUCACCUUAAUGAGAAAGUAUUAACCGAGCCAGGGGUGUACAGGGUACAUGCUUCUCAGCACUUGGGUGUAGGUAGUUCGGAAGAGACAUCAUCUUCUCAGAAAAACAAGGGUAGAGGCGCACUAACCUUGGAAGUUGGAACAGAUGCUGGGCUUCACAUGAGAUGAAGGUAAGAGGCCCACUAAUGUUGAAGCAUGAAGACCAUUCGAGGCGCACGGCCGCACGGAACACUUCGUCAGGUGAAACACGGGCUUGGAAAUUAGUUUUGCGCAUGGACCAGACUUGGGUUAACAUUUAUGCCAUUCUAUCUGGGCCUCAAACGUAUGUGGGCCUAAGGCCCAAACAUUUCUGGGCCUCAGCCCAAACGAAUCUGGGCCUCAUAACGUAUGUGGGCCUCUGGCCCAAACUAAUCUGUGCAUCACCCCCAAACAUAUGUGGGCCUCAGCCCAAACAAAUCUGGGCCUCAGGCCCAAAGGAACCUGGGUCUCUCUUGCAAACGUAUGUGGGCCUCAAGCCCAAAAUAAUUUGGGCCUCUGGCCCAAACCAAUCUGGGCCAUUGACUGUUUUCGGUUCAAUUGACCAGACUUGGGUUAACAUUUAGGCCAUUCUCUCUGGGCCGGACUUUUUUUCCCUCAAGGGCUGGGUUUUGAUUGAGCUUAUUUAGAUUUAGACCGGGCUUCAACAGAAAUAUUGGUCCAAUAACCUAAGGGGGCCUGGCUUGGCUGGCAUAGAGUGGCCCGAGAUGUAAAAUAUUGUUAAAUCUAGCCCAAGGCCCGGCCCAUGAUUCACUCAGUUUCGUGAAGGCUGAUAAACUUUGGAAACUCUGAAGUCGAAACAUGUCGCUGGGCAUUGUACUGGGUUAACAUUUAGGCCCCUCUUUAUGGGCCGGGGUUUGAUUUAUCUUAUUUAGAUUUAGACCGGGGUUCAAUAGAAAUGUUUGAGCCGCACUUAUUUUUCCCUGAAGGGGCGGGCUUUGAUUUAUAGCUUAUUUAGAUUUAGACCGGGCUUCAA